AUGUCAGAAACACAGCCAAAAGGCCCUUUCCGGCUCGUCACCGUCAACACUGCGCCUGAGAGAGCCAAGAGACUGAUUGGCCGCCUGGUCGAGGCGCUCAAGGAUCGCUAUACGAUUCUCUACGUGGCCAACUGCGAAAAGAUCGAAGAGGUUGAGCCCAAGGUCAAAGAACAUCAACCCGACGUGCUGUUCUGCGCCUCCAUGUGGACGGCUGAAGAAGCAGAGGGAAUUAUUGCUACAGCAAAGAGACUCCGUCCCGGUAUCAAAACACACGCCAUCCCUCACGGCCUGCAAGUUGAGCGGGGUCCGGAUGCUAUUGUCGAGUAUUUGGUGGAAAAUGUGCCCAAGUUGUUGGAUGAGCCUGUCGAGCAAUAA